AGAUCGCAUUCUUGCUGUGUAACUAUCACAUCUUAAGCAGUGUAUUUUGGACAGCUGAGUUCGUUGUUAUAGUGGUGAGCAACAAUGUCAUCAGGAGAGUUGCCGUGCUAUACGUUGAUCCAUGUACCGAGCGAUUUCGAAAUUCCAAGUGAAAUGCAGCUGAAAGAGAAAUUCGAAAAAGGUGAUGUCAAAUCGAAAACAGAUGCAUUGAAGAAACUGAUUAUGAUGAUAAUGAAUGGCGAAAAGAUAGGACAGGGUAUGAUGAUGCAAGUGAUUCGAUUUUGUUUGCCCACAUCUGACCAUACAAUCAAAAAGUUACUUCUGUUGUUCUUCGAAAUCGUCCCCAAGACAGCAUCAGAUGGCAAAUUGCUACAUGAAAUGAUAUUGGUGUGUGAUGCUUACCGCAAAGAUUUGCAACAUCCUAAUGAAUUCAUUCGGGGCUCCACACUGAGAUUUUUAUGCAAACUUCGCGAACCGGAACUUCUGGAACCUCUUAUGCCUGCAAUUCGUUCAUGUCUCGAGCAUCGACAUGCCUAUGUUCGACGCAACGCUGUUUUGGCAAUAUUCACUAUCUACCGUAAUUUCGAAUUCCUCAUCCCGGAUGCACCAGAAUUGAUAUCGACGGUGUUGAACAAUGAACAGGACGCGUCUUGCAAACGAAAUGCUUUCAUGAUGCUCCUUCAUGUUGACCAAAGCAGAGCUCUAGAUUAUUUGUCUGAAGUUAUGGACCAAGUUACUACAUUUGGUGAUAUUCUUCAGCUUAUAAUUGUGGAACUUAUUUACAAGGUUUGUCACGCAAAUCCAUCAGAACGAGCACGCUUCAUUCGUUGUGUUUAUAAUCUCUUGCAAUCUUCAUCUCCAGCGGUAAAAUACGAAGCAGCUGGUACCCUCAUCACUUUGAGCUCUGCCCCUACUGCUGUUAAAGCUGCUGCAUCUGCUUAUAUCGAUCUUAUCGUUAAGGAAUCCGACAAUAAUGUCAAGUUAAUUGUUUUGGAUCGACUGGUCGAAUUGCGUUCUUCUCCAACUAGUGAAAAAGUUUUGCGUGAAUUAGUAAUGGACGUCCUACGCGUAUUAUCAGCUUCGGAUCUUGAAGUACGAAAGAAGACAUUGCAGCUUGCAUUGGAUCUUGUUUCUUCUCGUAAUGUCGAAGAAAUGGUCAUGUAUUUGAAGAAGGAAAUUGGUCACUCUUCGGAUGGAACAGCGGAGGAGGCAGAACGAUAUCGACAAAUGCUUGUGCGAACACUUCAUUCUACUACAGUCAAAUUUCCAGAUGUCGCAGCAAAUAUUUUACCCGUUUUGAUGGAAUUUCUUUCUGAGGAUAGUGAAAAUGCUGCACAGGACGUUUUGGUGUUUGUAAGAGAAACUGUUCAACGCUUACCACAUUUACGUCCAGUUGUUUUAGCACAGCUUUUGGAUGUAUUUGGUAGUGUACAUAGUCCACAAGUUUUUCGGUCAGGAUUGUGGAUUUUGGGUGAAUAUUGCGAAUCAGUUGAAUCAGUAAUGAGAGUAAUGCAGUUCAUCCGAAAGUCGAUCGGUGAAUUACCCAUUGCAGAAAAGGAAGUGCAAACAGCUAGUGGUGAUGAAGUCAUAGAUGGAAAGAACGAAAACUCAGCAACUGAAGUCACCCCGAAGAUUCGACAACUUGUAACUGCCGAUGGCACUUACGCUACACAGUCAGCACUUUCGGCCAUAAAAAUGGAAAUAACGGAAAAUAAAACUUUGUUGCGCCGUUUCCUUCUUGAUGGAAAUUUUUUCCUAGCUUCAUCGCUUGCAACCACUCUGGUCAAACUGGUCUUCAACUACAACAACUUUAUGCAGAAUAAAAAUGACAAAAUUAAUUCAUUUGCGGGGGAAGCGCUAUUCAUGAUUGCAUCAAUUAUCAGUCUCGGGAAGAGUGGCCUUGCGAAGACAAAUGCAACCGAAGAUGAUCUUGACCAUUUGGGCAUGUCGAUCAAAGUUUUAUGCGAAAAAUGGCCUGAUGCAGAAGCUGUUUUUCUGCGAAAAUGUCGUGACAGUCUUGAGUUAAUGCUGGAAUCAAAAUCAGAAAAUGAACGUUACGAAAACGAAAUAGCAAACAGAACUGUUCAAGUAGAGGUGGACUGUACAAUUUCCUUUACGCAGCUUGCCCCUCGAGUUGGUGAUGGAGUAACCGGAACCGAGAACUUAUUCGAUCUUUCAUUAUCACAGGCAUUGGGAACUGUUGCAAAGUCUCCCAAAUUCGAUUUUGCUUCCUCUAAGCUAGGCAAGGUGAAGCAGCUUGCUGGUUUUUCGGACCCUGUUUAUGCAGAAGCAUAUGUUAACGUAAAUCAGUACGACAUCGUUCUUGAUGUGCUUAUCGUUAAUCAAACAAAUGAUACUCUUCAAAAUGUUUGCCUGGAACUAUCAACGGUUGGUGAUAUAAAAUUGCUCGAUAAACCAACACCUCUUACACUCGGACCGCGUGAUUUUUCCAAUAUUAAGGCUACUGUGAAAGUUGCUUCUACGGAAAAUGGUGUGAUUUUUUCGACUAUAGCGUACGAUGUUCGCGGAUCGACAUCUGAUCGCAACUGCGUUUAUUUGGAAGAUAUACAUAUUGAUAUUAUGGACUACAUUGUACCGGGCAAUUGCACGGACACCGAAUUUCGGCAGAUGUGGGCCGAGUUUGAAUGGGAAAAUAAAGUCAACGUGAACACACCAAUUACCGAUUUACGUACAUUUCUGAUGCAUCUAUCUGCUGUUACAAACAUGAAGCUAUUGACUACUGAUGCCGCAUUGGAAGGUGAAUGUGGCUUUUUGGCUGCCAAUUUCUGUGCUCAUAGUAUCUUCGGAGAAGAUGCACUAGCUAAUGUGUCUAUAGAAAAAACCAGUUCGCUUGAUCCAGACAGUCCGAUCAUAGGGCAUAUACGGAUUCGUGCCAAAAGCCAGGGAAUGGCUUUAUCGCUUGGUGAUAAGAUAAACUUCGCUCAGAAGGAGAGGAAAUCAACUCUGUUAAAAGAAGUGUCGAAUUAAAAGUUCAACAGUUAUAUCCUAUGAAAAUUGUAGUUGUUGAACGCUCUUUAUCUGUUCUAUUUCAUCAGAAAUUUCCUACCAUUAUGUUUGCAGUAAGGAGCCAUUUUUUUCCCUCUUUCUUUACUCCAUGCUUCUGUUUUCUUCAUCUAUCAAUACUAUGUGAAUUCAGUUACCGAACAGCUCCUGUGCUACUUAAGGGUAAUAAACUCCAUUCGAUUGCCUGUUUCUCUGCAAUUGCA